AGUUCGUUAGCGGUGAAUAACUGCCUAACGGUGAGCAGGCGCACACAUUGACGGAAGUUGGUAAUACAGAAAGUGAAGUGGUCUGAGGGUUCAGGAAAACCUACAUAAUGUCGGACCACGAUGACAACCUUUCGUAUGAAGGAACUCCGAUCGCUUCGUACCGAGUUGUGGAUCUUCGGUCAAUUCUGGAUAAGCACGGUUUAUCAAAGACGGGCACGAAGAAGGAGCUAGCGGCAAGAUUAUCAUCCUUCGUGAUGUCACAAGAUGGUUCGUGUCGCGAUUCUGUUGAGGAGAGCAUUGGUAUAACGGAGCCAGAGCCGACUUCAGGUCUUCAGUCUGACACAGGCCAUGACUCCACGGAUGAUGGACCCACUCCAGGGAUGGAACGGAGGCGUUCGAGACGAGGAGAGAUUGGCCUUGAUGAUCCAAUGGAAGUUGAUUCCCCUCGCCGACGUAGUUCACGGCGUCGCGGAGCUGACGAAGAGGAAGACGAUACACCAGAAAAGGCGAAUACUCCCCUUGUGCCUAAACUAUCCCUGAAGGGCCGUUUUUCCGUCUCAAGUCCUGCUCAGGAGCCAGAAGCUAUUCUUUCGACUGCCACUGAAGAAUCCGACGAAGAUGACGACGAUGAUUCGAAUUCGUCGUCGAAACGCAAACACAAGCACAAGAAACGUCGCGAGAAAGAACACGAUGAUGACAUCUCGAAAGAAGAAAAGCGAGAACGUAAAGAGAAACGCAGAGAAGAAAAAGAACGUAAAAGGAGGGAGCGAGAUAGCAGCGGUCACAGCAGUGGAAGAGAGGAAUCUGGGCAAAGGAUUGAUGAAAAAUUGAACCCUCCUAAUGGCGAAAAACCAGCUAGCAAUGAUAUCGAAGAACAGCCUAUUGUCGAGCCUGUUAUAAUGCCGAAAACUUAUCCCUCAUUAGAAAAAGAUAAAUCUGCAACGCUGUCGGAUUCAAAAAAAGAUCUCGCGACCUCAUCAGGCAGCACUGAUUCUGCGGAAGCGACGGAAAAAGCUGCUAAAGUUGUACCAACAGAAGAUCCUGUUGAGGUGAUUUCGCUAGUGAAAGAAAAAGUGCCAGAUUUAGAACUUCCAACUUCGAAAAUCGAAGUUGCUUCUGUGCAAUCGACAAAGGAAACCUUGGAAAGCCCGGGUGAAUCGGUUGCUACCGCUGCUGCCGUAAAAGCGCCAACUCCCAAGGAAAUCGACACACAUUCGUCUGCCGUUAUUGUGAAACCUUCCAAAGUUGAAGCAGAUGUGAAGAAAACAAAGGAGCCAGUUUUGGAGGAAUCGAUCGAGAAGGUGGAAAAGUCGGAUGCUUCUCGCACCGAAGAAGUGGAGUCAUCCAAGGUAGUGAAACCUGAGGGGACGAAAGAACCGGCGAAAAGUGAGGAGUCUAGUGAAAAAUCAUCUGACGAUUCAUCGAAAGAACGCCGGUAUAAAACGAAAGAAGGAGCCUCCAUCAUUGUGAAAAUGCCGGAACGACGCGCAGAGGAAAGCCGAAAAAUAAAGUUGAAGAGAUCUUCUGAAAGCCGCUCAAGUGUUCGGGAUGUAUCUGAAGAUUCCCAUCGUACACCUAGAUCGCACGAAGAACAUCGCAAGCCGAUUGCCCCGAGGGCUUCCGAUGAUGAUAAGAAGAUUGUUGAACAUGGGAAGCAGGAGCGCGCGGAUGAAGACUCAACUACUUCGAAGAAGGAUGAAGAGAAAGAGCGCUCACAUCACAGGAUUGAACGCAGGAAGCUGGAAGUCAAGCGAGCAUCGCCGCCGAAGCUACGGAAGGAAGAGCGCACCAGGAUAAGCCCUCCGAAGAAAAGUCCUCCUAAAGAACGGGCGAAAUCGCCUGAGCGCCUUAGUAAAUCCGACGAGCCAACCUCGAAUCCUGAGGUUUCCGCCUCUGCUGAGACGGAGACCGUUUCUCAAGUAGCUGAUGCAUCAAAGCCGAAGCCAGCUCGUCGCAAGUUGCAGUUGAAGCGCAAAGCGCCUGCUACAGAGGAGGACAGCGUGGACAAGGAAGAAGCACAGGACAACUCACAGGACCAUGGAAAGAAGAGAAGAGGAUGGGGAUCAUCGGGCAUCACUACAAGGAAGGGAUCGUUUGAGAUUUCUAUGAAUACGUUGAGGACUUUGGUGAGUCCAGAGCCCGCGAAGGAAGAAGAGGAUGAAGACAAGCAGGAGGAGGAAGUUCAUCACGAAGAAGCAACGUCUCCGAGAAAACGCCGUGCGAGGAAAGAAGAAGAGGAAGAAGCGGAGGAAGAGAAAAGUGGAGAUGAAAGCGACGAGGAAGUGUCGCGCACUCGCAAGGUCCGCAAAGUUUCUACCACUGCAAAGAGUGUUGACGAGCAGGGUGACGAGGAAAUGGACGAAAGAGGCGCCAAGGUUACCUCGCGGGAAUUAAAACUGAAAAUAUCAGCAGAUCAUGAUGUUGAAGCGCCGAGACGGGUUACUGUCAAGAAUGACAUUACGGAUUCAGGAAUCCCACCGCGUGGCCCGCGUGCGGUAACACCGGCCCGCAAUCCUCCGAAUAGGGUUAUUCACAUUAAAAAUCUAAUGCGUCCUUACACCAUCAACCAACUGAAGGAACUGUUGUGUCGCACUGGUUCUUUGGAACCGGGACUAUUCUGGACGGAUAAGAUCAAAUCUCAGUGCAUUGCUUGCUACGAGACAGAAGAACAAGCCAUCGAAACCCGCCUGGCAUUGCAUGGCGUGAAGUGGCCAGUUUCAAACAACAAAGUUCUUCGUGUUGAUUUUUCUUCGGAGGAAGAGCUAAAGGAGCAUUUGUUGAAGGACGAAGAAGAGCAGCUCGCUGCGUCAGCAAGGGCUGUACGAAGUGGUGGAGGUGAUGAGCAUGGUGGCGCAGAUGGCGAGUUUGGUAAGGAAAACGAUCGCGAACGCGACCGUAAACGAUCUCCGUUGCGUUUCGACAGCACUGAGAGGAAACGAAGAAGUCGAAGUGCUGACGGUGGUCGUAUGCGAAGAAUUGAUGAUCGGAGGAGGUCUUCGAGGUCUCCAGAUGCAAGUUUGAGAGAAUGGGAUCGCGCAAAAAUGGGAGAACGCUCUCCAGGAGCGAAAGAAAGAGAGCGGGAGAAUCGUCGACGUGAACGGAUUCGUGAAGAAGAAGUGGCUCGAGCUAGAAUGGAUGAUCGUCGAGAUCGCGAGAAAGCCAAAUCUCCGGCGAAAUUGCUCGAUGAUCUUUUUCGCAAAACUAAGACGACCCCUUGCAUCUAUUGGUUGCCGUUGACUGAAGAGCAGAUCGCGCAAAAAGAAGAAGAGCGCAGGCAAAGAGUGUUGGAACGUCAACGACGAAUCACAGAGAUGGAAAAGCUCGACAAGGAGCGUCGUCGUGGAAGCCGCAGUAGGAGUUUGAGUCGGAGUCCAGGAAGGAACAGAUUCCGCGGCGGGCGAGCACGAAGAUAUCCUUAAUAUGGCAUCGUUUCUGCAUCGCCUCGAGCCCGUUUUGAUUUUUUGCUACGAAUCCUAAUGAGUGAACGUGCGAGUGAAUCGCGUGACUUGCUCGCGGUUUCCUACCUAUUUCGAACGUUCAACCAACAUCGUCCACCAGCAUUCUUCAAUUCUGGUUGCGGAGGAUUUGUUGGAGCUUGAGUUAUUGGACGCGGAUGCAGAAGGGUUACGACAAAUUUCGACGAGUGUAUUUCGUUCUUGGCUAAAUAUCCAUCGGGGUUCCGUUGCCUGCGAGUGCUGGUCCGAGAUUUAUCUCUUCACCACUCUGUGUGUUAAUGCUGGACUUCUAUGUUUUCAGACAAAUUUUCCAGAAAUUUCUGGUUCUACACGUGGGUAAGUAGUUUUUUCUUACCCCAGCUGUUCUCCUGGUUCUCCGAGGCUUAUUGUUGUUGAAGGAAACAAAGGCCCGGUUUUGCUGGUCAUUUUCCCGUUUCGUAAUUAUUUGUAGCACACGAGGUAAGUUUAUCCAGAGGCGUUAGCGACACGAUGACGUCUCGCUGAAGCAGGAAGCGACCCGUUCUUGCACGUUUUGUCUUCUGCUCUUAAGUUCUUUUGUUUUCUAAAAUUUGCGAGAAGUUUCCGUGUCCUAGCGAGCUGCGUUAUGCCCAGGGUGGACACACUUGCGCUCGACAAACAUUUUCGUGUUGUUCGUGAAUAAAGGCUGACCCUUAGAACAAA